AUGGUAACACAUGCACAGAAAAAUUUGAGCAAUGAGAAGAUUUUUGCGAAGGGAACUGACGUCGAGUGGGAUAUAGUAUAUGAUCUAGCGGAAUCAAAAGUCAUCUGUUGCUCAAACACAAUUAUGACAUUGCAUAACCUGGUAUACGUGACAGCUUUCAAAUCACCAAAACUACAUGGUAGAUUUAUUGUUCUCUGUUCCUGCGCAAUUCUGUUGGUUGUACUCUAUUCCAUCAAAGGAACGAUAUAUGGGUUGUGGGAAGAUGUUGGAUUAACUAGCCACACACACUUUGAUGAAUGUCCCUUGUUAACCCUGAACUCUACCGUAUCAUACAAAUACAUUGUUCGACCGGAGGAAAGAGAAUUCCCGCUCGCAUUCAGUUUGAUCGUUUAUACCGAUGCUGACCGGGUGCUCCGGCUGUUUCGUGCUAUCUACCGUCCACACAAUUACUAUUGUAUUCACAUCGAUCGGAAAAGCAAACCGGAAUUCGUGAACGUUACUGAACGGCUAAAACAAUGUCCCGGAGUGUCGCACAAUGUUGUACUGGACGCGGAUUUGACAUGCGCGCGCAUUCUGUUGGAGCGUGCACCCGGUACUUGGAAGUACUGGAUCAAUCUGACCGGUCAGGAAUUUCCGUUGCGUACGAAUUGGGAAUUGGUUCGGGCUCUUCGUUUGUUGAACGGAUCGAAUAUUGUACAAGCAGUCUAUCGUUGGCGAAACGUAGAUAGAUUCCCCCCUAAAGAAACACUUCCUGAAAACCAUUGUAGUGAAUUGAAAGGAGACAUUGGUUCCGGAAGUCUACACGUUGCGGUACGACGGGAAUUCAUCGAUUAUGCAUUGAACAAUCCAAAAGGUCAACAGCUUUAUCAAGGAAUCGUAUCUGACGAGACAUUCUUUCCCACCCUGAAUCACAAUCCUGCUGUGUUUCCCAUCCCCGGUGCUUUCACCGGGAUUCACGAAGAAGAUGUGGCCAUUGCGUUGGCCAGGGCGAAAGUUUGGAUCCAGUCUCGCAAGCCCUGCGGUAGCGGACGUUGGCAACGUUGGAUAUGUAUGUACGGAUUGGCUGACCUGCCGUUCCUGCUCAGUCAACCACACUUCUUCGCGAACAAAUUUCUCCCAAAUGUCGAACCGUUAGCCUACGAUCUCCUGGAAUUGUGGCUAGCUGCAAAAGUUUUGAAUGAAACUAUACAUAAUCGAUUGGCCGAUUCAUUCAACAGCACAUUCUAUCGUCUGUCUCCCUAUGCUACACAACAUCUAGAGGUGUGCGUGCAUUGUACGUCGAAUAAAUCAAAUCUUUCAUCCAUUGUAAAGGAUUUCAUUUGA